AUGGUCCGCCUUGCUCUCACCGCUGCCCUGGCUUUCGCCGCCACUGCCCUUGCCAUCGGAGACCCGUCGGGAGCCAAGAACGUUGGCAACGGUGCCGGAAAGCAGUUUAUCACUGGUGGUUGUGUUAGCGACAAUGACUGUGCCUCGGCAUGCUGCGCAAACCAGAACAAUCAAGGCGGCGUUUGCUCCGGUGUUGGCGCGGCUAACCAGGCGGGCAAGACUGGCUGUGGCUUCACCGACCCCAACGCUCAACAGACGAUUGCAGCAGCUCAGGGUCAGGCGGGCGGAUCGGGGCAGAAGGCGCAGAAAGGGCAGCAGGGCCAGCAAAAUAAGCAGAAUCAGCAAAACAACCAGAAUCAGAAUCAGCAAGCUCCGGCUUCCGGCGGUCGUGCCAAUGGCGACCCCGCGGGAGCGGGCAACGUGGGCAACGGUGCCGGGAAGCAGUUCAUCACCGGCGGCUGCGUUAGCGACGAUGAUUGUGCCUCCGCAUGCUGCGCAAACCAGAACAACAAAGGCGGCGUCUGCUCAGGCGUUGGCGCGGCUAACCAGGCGGGCAAGACUGGCUGUGGUUUCACCGACCCUAACGCCCAGCAGACCAUCGAUGCCGCCCAAGGCCAGGCGGGACAGCAGGGAUUUAAGCGCGUCGUGAAGCCUGCUGUUGAGCCACAGGAUGAGGAGUAA